UGUAAUGAUCCAGUUCUACUACUUCUGCCUUUCGAUGCUGACUGGUAUCCAGCAGCUGUUUGAUAUCAGCCCACUUAACCAGUUACAUUUUAGGUAUGUAUUCUAUCCAACAGUGGUUUAUAAAUGUCGUCUUUUUUACGAGGCAUCGCAAAUGGUUUAAGGUCAUUAGCGAACGAUGUAGAGAACCAUGCACCAAAGGACUAUAUUCAGUUUCGUCUGGAUGGAUUGGUGAACGAUUUAGCUCAGCUCAACGCUGAAAUGGAACUGGACGUCGACCCAGCAGUGUUGGCCAGUCUUCAAGAAGUUGCCCGCCAACUAUGCAUCCUCUCAGAGACAGAAGACGAAGACGCAACCUUUGGACGCCCGUCAUUAUUUUUGCCCCCCGAUAUUAUCGAAGCUCACCUCCAUUUGGGUUACACUGCUGGGGACAUAGCACACCUGUUCAGUGUGAGCGAGAGAACCAUUCGUCGGAGGAUGGCACAUUAUGGGAUAAGAGUCCAUGAAUUAUUAACUCCAUUGGAGGACAACGAUCUGGAUGCAACUGUGACCCAAAUUCUGCAGCAUCAUCCCAACUCUGGAUACAAAAUGAUGGUUGGUCACCUGAAAGCACAAGGCAUAAACAUACAAAGACAACGUGUCCAGGAAUCCAUGAGGCGCGUGGAUCCUAAUGGAGUUGUGGUGCGCACACUUCAGCUGAACCCACAAAGGCGCAGGAAGUACUUUGUACCAGCACCGAACAGUUUAUGGCAUAUCGACGGAAAUCACAAACUGAUAAGAUGGCGUUUCGUUGUGCAUGGUGGUAUUGACGGCUUUAGUCGUUUAAUUGUGUACUUGAGUUUAGCCACCAACAAUCGGGCAGCAACAGUCUUAAGUAGCUUCUUGGAGGCUGUUGAUGUCUACGGCUUGCCAUCACGUGUCAGGUCAGAUAAAGGCGGGGGAAAAUGUUGACGUUGCACGCUACAUCGUGGCUAACAGAGGACUGAACAGGAAUUCCCACAUUGCUGGCAGGAGUGUCCAUAAUCAAAGGUACAUCUGUCAUUAAAACAUUUAUCAAAAUAACACUUGUUUCACUGUUUUGGGUAUGGUUGAAGUUUUGACCCAUUUCCCACCCAUCUGUAAUUAUCCAUACAUUCUCUUCAGUAUCAUUUGAUAGCAUUUGAAGUCUUAUCUUAAUCUUAUCGUAAUCAAGUUCACGAAUAUAUAUAAUUUAUAUCAUUAUCAUUUUGUCUAACUUCCAUUUGGACAGAUUAAAAACAGGACUUUAAAUUGAGUUCAUUGUUAUUAUUUACCGUGCUUACCAUCAAUGCCAAUCUUGCCAUAUUCCAAAACUAGGUAAAAGAUAAAAAGUUGUUUUUUGUUCAUUGUAGAAACACUACUUUUUCUUCAUCAGAAUAGAGAGGCUCUGGAGAGACGUUUAUGUGGGAGUGCUUGAUCUCUUCUACGCCAUCUUUACUAACCUUGAGAGAGAAGGUCUUCUCAAUCCUGUCAACGAGAUCCAUCUCUAUGCUCUGCACUGGUGCUUUCUGCCCCAUAUACAGAAGCACCUUCAGUUUUUCCAGCGUGGCUGGAACUGUCACCGACUACGCACUGAGGGAAACCAAUCCCCGUUGCAACUGUGGACUCGCCAUGAACAUGAGGCCCAGCCAGAACAUAUACAGGCAAUUUUUUUUUUCUGUAACUGUCCUACAUGGAACAAUGUCCACAUUCUCACUACUUUAUCGGAAAUUACAAAAACUGUUGUAACAACCUUUAGCAGUAGAAAAUAAUACAGUAAAAGGUCUAUUCCAAAGUAAAUGUAAACCUGCAUCAGUACUCUAAAUUAAUUUGUUGGCUCUUUGAGAAUUCUAAACAAUCUCUCUUCUUGAUGCCGAUGUUAUUCAUCUAAGAUUUGUCCAGAAUCCCAAGAGAUGAUAAAACAAGUUUUGUUUCAAUCUAGUUCCUGUAAAUCUAAUUGACUGAAGGUGGUUUAUAAUUCUGUAAGGAUUUUUGCCAUUUUAACUGAGAUUUUGGCUAAACUAACCCUUUAACAAGAGCUCCACCAAUUGCAGGUUGACAUGGAGUUUGGAAUCGACUGGACUGGACCAUGUGGUCACCGUCAACCUGGUGUUGUGAUCCCUGAAGUUCAGCUGCAGCGCCCACUGACUGAGCAGGAAGCUGAAAGUCUACCAGACCCCAGUGGCCCUCUGUCUGAUGUUGUUGAUGUCUAUGUCCAAACUGUGAGCUUAUUAUCAGAAAUGAUCCAGUAAAUUCCUCCCUCACAAGCUCCAUGAUGAAGAAUUUGUGAGUUACAUAAAAACACAGUGCUUGGCUUUAGUGCAGUUCUAAUUUCCAUUGCUAAAUCACAAUGUUUUGAUAGAUAUUAGAUUUGUUUCAUAUGGAUGAGGUAAUUUUAACAUAAGUAGAAAUAAGGAGCUUCUACAUUUUUUUUCUGAAUAAUAUAUUUAAUAAAUAACAGCAACAACUGGUUUUGAAACAAUUUCACUUAGUGAACAGUGAUUAACUGACAGAGGCAUAAUUAACUAAAUCAGUGAACAUCAUAAUGAACUAAAACUAUACUGUCUAGAGUCUACAGUCUAGACUCUAGACAGUAUAGUUUUGCAACUGAAUAACACUGGUGCAAUAAAGCAGGCAUGUUUGUGAGAUAGUACAGCAUAUUUAAUUUGGUAUGGUCUAGACUCUAGACCAUACCAAACCCAGUGUCUGUGCUACAAAUCGCAGCAACAAUGUCUCUUUCAAAAUUAAAAUACUCCUUGUAAUGAUGUGGAAGUUUCAGCAGGUGGAAGCAGGUGGAGGACUUGGGGAAGUUGCUCUCCACCACCUCAACAUCCAGGUGUCUUGGAAGCACACUCCAUCCAACCCAGAACUCCAGGAGUUUCCCAAGGAAGUUGGGAGAUGCUACCAAAAAUAGAACACUGCAUUUAGACUAAGGCUUUUGGACAGUAACAUCUUCAGAGUGUGCUGUAGCUAUCAGUAAAUAAUUUGACAAAUUGUUGAUUGAGGAUUUUUUUAAGUAAUGUAAUGUAAAUAUUAAUUUACCGUUCUCAAUAAAUGUUCGAAGGAAUCCUGUGAUCCUACAGGUGUCCUCCAAAGAGACAUCACUGUCCUCCUCCUCAUCCUGUGUUGGCCACUUUAUCUUGUCCAAGACCAUCUGAAAGAUACAAUAUUUUUCAAUCAGUUAACACUUGUUUUUUCAUGCUGUCCAGAGUGUAUAUAUAGCACAAUAAAGUACAGUACUGGAAAUAUAAGAAGUUAUUAAUUCUAAUAAUUACAAUUAUUAUAAAAGUAUGUGGUGGUAAGCAGUUUUGGAAGGGCCAUACUGGUGGAUUUGCAUGUGUAAGAUGGCCAUGAUGUGAACUUUUCAUUCCUGUUGAGUUUUCAAAAUCAUUUUUUGGAUUGAUUUCCUUCCUUUCAUGCAGCCGUUGUUUCUAUGAAAAUUACUCGCAGGGACUUCAGAACAACAUUUUGUGCAGAGCUUGCUUAUCCAAUGAUAAAGUACAUUUGUAAGAGGGAACAAACACCUACUGAUUAUUCAUCUGCAAAAUAUUUCAAAUCUCUCCAGGUUAUUUUUGGUGUAAUAAACUGAAACCAGUGGUUGCCAGAGGGUAGAAAAUAAAACAUGUUUAAGA